UCAGCUAAAAACGAAAGUUACGAAACCGCUAAAACUGCAUCUUUGGCGGUAUGCAGGGAGGGAGAGUUUGCGCGGAACUGUUUUCUUGGUCCCGCUCCCGCGAUUUUUUGUCCAUUCCCGCUCUCAUGCUCCCACAACCAUUCUAAUAAUUAGAACAGCCAGGUAGGAUAUAAUAAAGUUUGAGUUUUUAUACUUGGGGAGGGCAUGAGCUAGUUUUGUCACGCAGACCUGGAAAUUGAUGGCGCAGAGCAGCUCUCAGUUAAGUGAAGCGUACGCUGAUUUCUUUUAAAAUAGCAAAACAACAGUGUUUAUAACUCCAUCAGUCAUGUUAUGCGCAAAAUCGCGGGAUGGCGGGACCCACGCGCGCUAUGUUUUUUGGACCGCCACUUCCGCCCUCUUUUUUUUAUCCUCCUUCUUUUUUUAUGGAUGUCAAUGGAAUCUUCAACAUGUUUUACAAUUAACAAUACUUGCGUUGGGAACUGUAGGCUAUAUUAUACCUUUUUAGAAAUAUAUAUAUUUUCAAGAGAAGACAUGGAAUCUCGCGACAGAUGAGACUCAUCCUUUUAUUUAUAUUUUUUUUAUAUUUGAGCCCCUAAACUCUCUGCACAGUUACAUUAAGGGGUUAUGAUGAUUUGCCCCGCCCACUAUAAUCAAUACGUGGACGCAGACCCUCUUUGUUCUCACUCAGGUUUUAAGUUGACACUGCAGGGAAUUCAGUCAUAUUCUUUCUCCCAGAAUCCAUCACACUUGAAAAAGUCCUCGAGCUUAUCGACUGGAAAUGUUAAAACAGUGACGAUAUCCGUGAUGGAGGGAGAUUCUGUCGCUCUAAACACUGGAGUUACUGAACUACUGACAGAGCAUCUGAUACUGUGGACAUUUAGAGAUCAAAAUUCAGAGACUCGUUUAGCUGAAAUCUAUAAAAAGAUCAAAUCUGUAUAUGACAUUAAAGAGAACAAUGAGAGAUUCAGAGACAGACUGCAGAUCGAUGAGCAGACAGGAUCUCUGACCGUCACAAACAUUAACAAAUUACACUCAGGACUUUAUAAAGUACAGAUCAUCAAUGGAGAUGUGAAGCACAAGAGCUUCAGUGUUGCUGUCAAUGGUCUUCUGACUGCUCCUGUCAUCAGUGAUUCUCCCCGAAACCUUUCCAUUUUAGAGAGAUCACUGAAGCAGUAUUGUUCAGUUCUGUGUUCAGUGGUGAAUGUGAGUCAUGUGACUCUCUCCUGGUACAAAGGAAACAGUUUAUUGUCCAGCAUCAGUGUGUCUGAUCUCAGCAUCAGUCUCUCUCUACCUCUGGAGAUCGAGUGUCUGGAUGAUUCAUACAGAUGUGCGGUCUCUUAUUCAUUCACUAACCAGACUAAACACCUCAGCAGCACUGAUCUCUGUCAGACAUGUUUAGAUGGUCAAGCUGUGUCUGUGAAAGCGCUGAUAAUCGCUGCUGUAUUUCUGCUGCUUCUGCUAGCGGUCUUAGUUUUAGCUGUGAAGAUGUUCUGUCGCAGCAGGAGAUACAAAGAAGCAGCACAAGAAAGCAAGACUACUAUGGAAGAGGUGGAUCAUGCUAAUCAAACAUUUACUAAAAACAGAGCUCAGGAUACGGGAGCCAAUGGACAGAAUCAGACAGAGAAUUCAGAGGUGGCUUUCAGAUGAUGAUCAUUCAGACCAUAUUAUCAUAGCACUCAGUUUAUUAGCACAAGUAUUUUGGGACAUACGUUUCUAUGUAAAAAAACUUGAAUCCUCAAAGGUAAACUACAGUCUUUAUUAUAAAUGGCUGUAUUUCAUUGUAGUGGUACUUCACAACAGACAGUCAUCUGGGGUCCCUAGUCUGUUUUUGACGCACGCUGCAUCCAAACCACACAGAAAAUGCAAAAUAGAAGUAAAACAAUCAUGUACAUUUAAAAAUUAACACCUUGUA